UAUCAAAAACCCCGCAAGAGUUUUCACUGUCUCCACCAAUGGCGGAAUCAAGUUCUUCUCUCCCUCCUCUUUGCGAAAGGAUCUCAUACACAAACUAUUUCCUAAGAGCUGUAGAUCUCACGAUUCUAGGCCUUCUCUUCUCUCUUCUCUUGCAUCGAAUCCUUCUUAUGAGACAAAACGACACCGCAUGGGUGGUAGCCUUCUUUUGUGAAUCUUGUUUCUCAUUCAUAUGGCUUGUUAUCACCUGCAUAAAAUGGAGUCCUGCUGAUUAUAAAUCGUAUCCUGAUAGACUUGAUGAAAGGGUUCAUGACCUUCCAUCGGUAGAUAUGUUCGUGACCACGGCGGAUCCUGUAAGGGAGCCGCCGCUUAUGGUUGUGAACACGGUGCUUUCACUGCUAGCCGUGAAUUAUCCGGCAAACAAACUAGCUUGCUAUUUGUCGGACGAUGGAGGCUCAUCUCUCACUUACUUCUCUCUCAAGGAAGCUUCAAAGUUCGCUAAGAUUUGGGUACCUUUCUGCAAGAAGUACAACGUUAGAGUUAGAGCUCCUUUCAGAUAUUUCUUGAACUGUCCGGCCGCAACAGUUGGUUCUGAAUUUAGUAAAGACUGGGAAAUGAUGAAGAGUGAGUACGAGAAGUUAUGCCGGAAGGUGGAAGAUGCCACCGGAGAUUGCUAUUGGUUCCAUGCUGAUGAUGACUUUAAAGCUUUCUCAAACACAAAACCAAAUGAUCAUCCAACUAUAGUUAAGGUGAUUUGGGAGAACAAGGGAGGUGUGGGAGACGAGAAAGAGGUCCCUCAUUUUGUAUAUAUUUCAAGAGAGAAAAGGCCAAAUUACUUUCAUAAUUACAAAGCUGGAGCCAUGAACGUUCUGGUACGAUUGUCAGGGAUGAUGACAAAUGCACCAUACAUGUUGAACGUAGACUGCGACAUGUAUGCCAAUGAAGCAGAUGUGGUGGGACAAGCAAUGUGUAUAUUUCUGCAAAAAUCAACAAUGAAUUCAAACGACUGUGCUUUUGUUCAAUACCCUCAAGAUUUCUAUGAUUCUAACGCUGACGAACUCAUUGUCUUACAAGCAUAUGUAUCACGAGGAAUCGCGGGAAUCCAAGGUCCAUCAUAUGCGGGGUCAGGAUGCUUCCACACUAGAAGAGUUAUGUAUGGUAUUUAUCUAGACGACUUAGAUGACGAUGGAAGUCUUUCUUCAGUUGCUACAAGGGACUAUUUGGCUGAAGACAAUCUAGCGAGAGAAUUUGGGAAUUCUAAAGAGAUGGUGACAUCAGUGGUCAAUGCCUUACAAAGAAAAUCAAAUCGCCAACUCUCCUCCCUCACAGACUCUCUAGAAGCGGCUCGAGAAGUUGGGCAUUGUCACUACGAGAACCAAACCAGCUGGGGCAAAACCGUUGGUUGGUUAUAUGGUUCAACAACGGAGGAUGUGCACACGAGCGUGGGAAUCCAUUCGAGAGGGUGGACUAGCUCAUAUAUAUCUCCGGAUCCUCCUGCGUUUCUUGGGGCUAUGCCACCGGGAGGACAAGAGGCGAUGGCCCAGCAACGGCGAUGGGCGGCAGGAAUGCUCGAAAUCCUUUUCAAUAAACGGACUACUCCAUUUGUCGGAAUGUUUUUCCGAAAACUAAGAUUCCGACAAUGCUUGGCUUAUCUUUACGUUCUCGUUUGGGGUCUAAGGUCAAUCCCUGAGCUCUUCUAUUGUCUAUUGCCUGCUUAUUGUCUACUCCACAACUCUGCCUUAUUUCCCAAGGGAGUUUAUUUAGGUGUUAUCAUCGCCGUUGUGGGGAUAUAUUGCCUUUACACUCUAUGGGAAUUUAUGAUCCUUGGUUUCACCGUUCAAUCGUGGUUUAUCUCCCAAUCAUUUGGAAGGAUAAAAAUCACCUGCGGUUGGUUAUUUAGUAUCCCUGAUAUCAUACUCAAGUUUUUUGGAAUUUCUAAAACCGUCUUCAUUGUCACUAAAAAGACUAUGCCCGAGACAAGGUCAGAAUCUAGAUCCGGAUCAAAAGCUGAUUGUCCAGACCAAGAUUCCGGGAAAUUUGAAUUUGGUGACUCCCUCUAUUUUUUGCCUGGCACAUUUAUCAUGUUAGUGAAUCUAGCCGCUCUAGCCGGUUGGUCGGCGGGUCUUCAACGGUUAGGUCAUAGUCACAAAGAAGGUGGAUCGGGUUUGGCAGAGGCUUGUGGAUGUGUUUUGGUGGUUACGUUGUUCUUUCCAUUUCUGAAAGGCAUGUUUGAGAAGGGAAAAUAUGGUAUCCCAUUCUCUACUCUUUCUAAAGCUGCCUUUUUAGCAGUUUUAUUUGUUGUUUUCUCUUUGGGAAACUAGUCUAGUGAUAUAUGUGUUUUUUUAUUCACAUAACGCUAAGUUUAUCAUGAAAUUGUCUCAAUUGAUAAUAAAUAUGUAUCUAAAGGACAAACUGGUCCAGUUCAUUUGAAUAUGACAAAUUUCUCUAUC